ACACAGACAUUGCAUCUGGAAGUGCCGCAGGAAGCUGCUGCGAUGGUGGCGUCAGGCUCCCAGCUGCUGCUCCUGCUGCUGCUCCUGGGCGCUGCGGCCGUCCCAGGAGCCAGCGCCGGCUGCCACUCCUACCGGCAUUUCUACACGGGGGUGACAGAUCCUGGCUGGGACGUGCCUGACUUCACUGCCAUGGGCUAUGUGGAUGACCAGCAUAUUCUCCACUACGACAGCGAGACACAGAGACAGGAGCCACGCGGGGACUGGGUGCAGGGGGCCGUCGGCCCCUACUUCGGGGACACAGAAACCAUGCGCUUGCGGGGCUGGCAGGACAGAUUUAAGCGGAACCUGCUCACGCUGCGGCAUCGCUACAACCAGACCAGGGGCGAGUGUGAGCAGGCAGGUGUGGGCAGGAGGCCGAGGGGCCUUGGGGACUGGGUGACUGAUGAGGGCAUCGGGGAAGCACCUGCCCAUUAG